AUGGCCAAUGAGCCUGUUCUUGAAGCCUCGCCUGUCCCAGAGCUAGCGUUGCCAGCCUCGCCUGUCCCAGAGCCAGUGUUCAUGCCCGUUUCAGCCCUACUGGAAUUGGGGGGGGACCACAGCUCCACCCUUCGAGCCUCCCACAUUUCCACCUUCCGAGUCUCCCACAGCUGUGCUCAUGGCUGUCUAGAAGCGGAAGAUCCUGGAGCCGCCCAUGAUCACAACAUUUUAAAUGUGAUCAUUUUCCUACUUGGCAUAACUGGAAAUGGAGCAGUGAUCUGGAUUGCUGGUUUUAAGAUGAAGUCAGUUAACACCACUUGGUACCUCAGCUUGGCUUUGUCUGACUUCACAUUCUGCAGUAUUAUCCCUUUUGUCAUUGUCACAACAGUUAUAAACAACUGGAUCUUUGGGCUCUUCAUGUGCAAAUUCACAUCCUUUGCUAUGUUCCUCAUUAUGUACAGCAGCAUCUUCAUCGUCAUGAGUGUGGACCGCUGCGUGACUGGCAAGUUUCCGGUUUGGGCCCAGAAUCAACGCACUGUGACAAAAGCCUCUGCUGGUGUUGUGUUGGUUUGUUUCAUGUCUGCUUUGCUUAGUAUACCAGCAUUCAGAUUCAGAGACAUCCAUAAUCUCACAUCAAAAUUAAUUAUAUGUUUUACCAACUAUGAGCAUCACCACACAACAGUUUUGCUCAUUCGAUUUAUUUUGGGGUUUUUCUAUUCCAUUCCUAAUAUUUGCAUCUGUUACUCUAUCCUGAUCUGUAAACUUGGGGCAAACCAAAUGUCCAAAUCCACCAAGCCCUACAAGAUCAUGACACUACUGAUAACAACUUUUUUCCUCUGCUGGUUGCCAUAUCAUAUUGUUUCUAUAAUAGAGCUGGAUGAGUCUAAGCAUAAAUUUAACCUUUACAUUGCCCAAAUAGUAACUGCUACUCUUGCAAUCAGCUUUUUAAACCCAUUCAUCUAUGCAUUCAUGCCCAAGUACUCGACGAAGAAAUGCUGUUAAUUUUUGUCAAAGACUAAGAGUGCCAUUGAUGAAGAGACUCAAAGUACUUUUAGAGGAACUUCCAUGACCAAAUCUGUGGAUCACAGACUCACUUCUGUCUAAAAAUGUGAAAGAUUAUUUUAA